UCUACUGUAUUAACAACCUGCAGAAAUGGGGGGCUGCCUGGACUGUUUUCGGAACAGCGAAAAGAAUACUAAUCUGAAAUGGAGUUUACCGGCCGUGUGUGUCGUCUGGCAGUUGACUAUGAUUAUUCUUUUUGGGGUGUUUGUGCGAUAUAACGAGGAGUCAGAUACUCAUUGGGUUGAAUUAAAACAGCAGCAUAAUAUCACAAGUGAUAUUGAGAAUGACUUCUACUUCAGAUAUCCCAGUUUUCAGGAUGUUCAUGUCAUGAUCUUCGUGGGGUUUGGGUUUCUAAUGACCUUCUUGAAGCGCUAUGGUUUUGGAGCCGUGGGAUUCAACUUCCUGGUUGCGGCUUUCGGCAUCCAAUGGGCUCUUCUGAUGCAAGGCUGGUUCCAUUCUCUGGACUACACUGAUGGAAAAAUAAAGAUUGGUGUGGAAAAUCUGAUCAAUGCAGAUUUCUGUGUAGCGGGGUGUCUGAUUGCGUAUGGCGCUGUGCUGGGGAAGGUCAGCCCGGUUCAGCUGUUGGUGAUGACCCUGUUUGGUGUCACGCUGUUUGCUGUUGAAGAAUUCAUCAUUCUAAACCUCCUUCAUGCCAAAGAUGCUGGUGGCUCCAUGGUGAUCCACACCUUUGGAGCUUAUUAUGGUCUGUCUAUAUCAUGGGUUCUGUAUCGACCGAAUUUGGAUAAGAGCAAACACAUGAACGGAUCUGUCUACCACUCAGAUAUGUUCGCCAUGAUUGGCACUCUGUUCCUUUGGAUGUUCUGGCCCAGUUUCAACUCAGCCAUUGCUGAUCAUGGAGAUGGUCAGCACAGAGCUGCCAUCAACACUUACCUGGCUUUGGCCUCCACUGUCCUGACAACCGUCGCCAUGUCUAGCCUGUUUGAGAAAACUGGGAAACUAGACAUGGUUCACAUACAGAAUUCUACUCUGGCAGGCGGAGUUGCUGUAGGAACAGCAGCUGAAUUUAUGCUGAUGCCAUAUGGUUCUUUGAUUGUGGGGUUCUGUUGUGGAAUUGUGUCCACACUGGGCUACAUUUAUUUAUCGCCAUUCUUGGAGGAGAAACUUAAGAUUCAGGACACCUGUGGCAUCCAUAACCUGCACGCUAUGCCAGGGGUCAUUGGAGGAAUUGUGGGCGCCAUCUCAGCCGCUGCUGCCAGCGAUAGUGUUUAUGGGGAGUUGGGGUUGCAAAAUACAUUUGACUUUGUUGGCGAUUUUUCAAAACGGGUGCCCAGUAUCCAGGGUGGCUACCAGGCAGCAGCACUAUGUGUGGCCUUAUGUUUUGGAAUCGGAGGUGGCAUAUUUGUUGGCUUGGUUCUGAAGCUACCCAUCUGGGGUGACCCUGCAGAUGAAAACUGCUAUGAUGACGAGAUCUACUGGGAGGUUCCUGAAGAUGAAGAAAGCAUUCCUGCUGUCCUGACCUACAACAAUCACAUGAUCCUCAACAAACACGCAGGCAUCAGAACAGAGACAAACUUCGUGGAGCAGCGUUAACACGGGGGGAUCUACAGCGAUGUGACCCGUGUUACUUCUCCAACAGAAUUCACUUAUUAUUGGAAUGAAAAGGAAUCUUUUGCUUUUCUCGAAGCACAAAUCCACAAUAACUGUGUGACACAGAAUACAUAUAUUUUAUCCAUUAUGAAUUGUUAAUAUCCAUUUAAUAUAUUUGCAUAUUGCAGGAUAGCAACCAGUCAGAGUAGCCUUUAAAGUAAAUCCAAAAUUAAAGUUAAUUUUCAAAAAAUGGGAUGAUUCCCAUCUAAAGUGUCUUUUCUUGUGAAUGUGUUCAGAGAAAAUGUGACCAAAACCCUCUAAACCUCUGAGCAUUUAUUUUAGCUAUAGUAUAUAGAACAAAAUACAUUUGACGUGUUAAUUUAAGCAGUUAUUAUUCAAACAUUUGUGAUCAUUAUAAACUGUUUUAUAAAAUUUUGAAAUUGUUUGUCUUUAUAUCUUAGUUUAGCAACUUCACAUUAUGUAACACAUUUCAUAUUGUAAACAAGACAUAUGAAAAAGAAAAUUUAAGGAGCAAAAUUCUGUAAUCUUUUGUUUUACAGAUUAUUUCCCCCAUGAUUUAAAUAGCUUUCAUGUCAAUCAGCAUGUAUGCAUACAUUUCUCAGUAAAACAUCUGUCAUAUUUUCUUACCAUUUUAACAAAUGUAUAUCAAACAAGAACAAUGUGCAAUAACUGUAUGUACGUUUUCCUUAUUUUUUUUCUUUAUCUUUUCUAUAAUAUUGUAUGAUACUUUUUGUUUUGUUGACCUUUCUGUGUUUCCUUUGUUGUAUGACUGUAAUGGAUAUUAAGCCUUUAACUGUCUAAUGCCAGAUUAAAUUAUUGAAAUGAUUCUUAAAUGAGUUGAAG